AUGAUUUCCCAGGUGUCCUUGUUGAGGGCGAUGUGCUGCCUGAUGUUAAUGCCAGGUUUGCUAAACGCAACAUCUCUGAUGAAAGUGAAGAAUCCUGGAGGAAAUUCACUUAGCAUUGACUCAACUCAAGCUCAUGAUUUCUUGACUAAUUCUCGACCUAAGAGAAACAUUGACCCAAAGUGGCACCGAAACAAUCCUGAUUUUCAGUCCUACUACCGCUUCUACAACAGCAUUGGGCACAUUGAAGGAAUAUAUGAGAUUGACAGAAUCAGGAUGCUGUAUCAGCAGAUGCGUUACUUGGAGUUGACCUAUGGCCCAGAUGCCUCCAGUUACCAAAAUGUCCUUGGUGUACUGACAAGCACCGCUGCUCCAACUACUACCACCAUGCCCCCUCCACCUCCCACCACCCCUGCUCCUACACCAGAUCCUCUGGAGCAUGCUCAGAGGAUCUAUCUUUGUAACCCCAAGGACCCACUGUGCAAACCUCAGAUUGUCUACCUGCCAACAGGGGCUGUUCCAGUACUGUGCGACCCACGAGUCAACCCCGCCUGCAGGCCCAAAACAGAGGAGGAGAUAAAAGCUACUGCUCCUCCCCAACCACCCCCAGCCCCUCCUGCUCCCAAAAAGACUGUUCCACCUCCACCACCUCCUGCUGUUGUUAGUAAAGGUAUGGAGUAUGACUGCGACCCAUACUGGGACCCUGACUGCCUCAUUGACCAUCCUCCACGCCCUAUCCAGGAAACAUUGGCACCAGAGGCACCUGCUGAAGAGAAAGUGGUGAAAGAGGAAGUAGCAAAAAAAUCCCUCUACCCUUACUUUGACCCUUAUGAUUUCACGCGUGACCUUUAUGACCCCUCUCGUUAUGCCGAUCCAGCUCCUGAACAGGAGUAA